CCUUACCAUGAAAACACUCACAACAAUUCUUGUGAUUUUAUUGUUCACAUUAUUUGUGAUUACAACUGCACAAACUCCACCUAUACAAAUAGGUGAGUUAGUGCGGAAUAUAUUUAGUCCUGAUGAUGAGGUGAUGGGUGGGGUGCGAAGCGUCAUAGAUAGAUAUCACUCUGUGGAUAUGAAACAUCAGGCAUGUAGUCAGAGGACUGUUUGUGAGGUUUUAUCUAACAGAAGGGUUAGCGAGGACGCAGAUACAGGACUAGUUGAGGUGGUGCGUGAUACUGGACUGCUAAGAGCAGCAUUUGAUGGUGUAACAGGGGUUGUUAUGGACCUCAGUGCACCUCUUAUGGACGCUGUUGGAUUAGGUCCCAUUGCAAGGAGUGAAGUGAGUUUGAUUGACUUUGUGGUGGACAAACUUGACUCACUUCUCAUCUAUGCAGCAGAAGCCAUUGCUGGGAAAAGAGCAGCACGACGAAUUGCAGAAAUUGGACCACUAAAAACUGCGGUGGAUAUUAUUGGGCCUCGAAUUAUACCUCCUAAAGUAGCAUAUUAUGGAAAUUUGAUGGAUUUGGCUGUAGAUGUGCUCGGUUUGUUUGACCGAGAUCGAGGAUCUUAUAAUUUUAUGCGAGCAGGAAUUUUGGGAUUUUUCCAGGGUGAAAAUGGUGUUUGUGACACUUUGAAUCCGGAUAUAUGUGAAGAUUAUUGGUCCGUCACUUCUCCACUUAGUAGUAACAAAAUGGGAGCACUUAUUGCCGGCAAAGUCCACGGAAAAGAUAAACUUGGUAGAAUGAUUCCAUUGGUGGAGGAAGGAAUAAGCUUUAGAGAUAUUUUUAAACCUAAGUUUCUACUGUGCAAAGUGGACACCUAUCUACACAUGCUGAGCGGACAUAUUGACUCUGUUGAAAAUGGCGAGAAAAUUGUUGAAUAUGAGAUUAUUGACGCCAGAAACUCCACUGAUUUGGAGGGAAUCCUCGACGAUGACUCUAGAACCUCCGACGUCGGAGAGGAUCAGCUGACAACCCUGGCUCCGGAUCCAGCAGAGUCAGGGAUUCUUCUUAGAAACAAUUCCCUGCUCAUAAAAAAAGUGACACCAGAGGAGAAGUUCUCAAGAUAUUGUUAUGCAGAGUCUGUUAAGAUGAUUAAACAAAAAGAGCAUGAGAGGCCAAGCAGUACACAGGCCACAGAAGUAUUGGAGGAUAAUGCCAUCAUUGUUGUGAGAGGAAAUACAACCUCGGACCAGCAGGAGGACGCUGUAGAGGACAACACCACCAACACCAACAAGAAGAACAAGAGGAACAAGAAGCACAAGAACAAGAAGGAUACGGAAUCUCUCAAUGUUGACAAAAUAACAGAGUUAACAGAAAAUGGAAUAAUUUUAGAAAAGAUUAACGAUGUAGCUGAGGGUGAAGAAGAGAAUGUUGUUGACUCUAUCCUAUCUCCUCUAAACCUGGAUCCUGAACAAUAUUAUCAAAGUAUUCAUAGUUCAAGAGAAGAAGAUGGAGAAUCAACGAUCAUGAUCGUUUUUAAAACUUCAGAAAACAGAGAUCAUGUGAUCAGUGAGUACAGAAAAUAUCCAGCCAGAUCUUCAUUAACUGGAAGACUCAGAAAACCCCGGUUGAAGGAUAUGAAACUUCUAAUCAGCCUAGCUAAAAAUAAACUUUAAUCAAAAUUAUCUAAUUUUUUUUAAACAUAUCUGGUGUUUUUAGUCGUACCAUUCGCUGGUGUUAAAAGGUACUCAUCUUUAUAAAUUAUAAAUUCAAAAUUAAAACUUGUACAUAUUUUUAUCAUAUAUGUUAUAUGAAAUCAUUUA